AUGGCGCCUCAUGGUCAACUUUCAUCAGACCCUUGGUCCCCAACGUCUUACUCAACCCAUGCUCAUUUUGUCCCUGCCAUUCCUUCUGAUAGCUUAAUUACUAUUCUUUCACCUUUGCCAACAGACGUAAUUAUUGAUCUUGGAUGUGGCGAUGGCGUACUUACCUUGGAAAUACAAAGUCUUUGCAGUAGAGUUAUCGGGCUAGACAAAAGCGAGAAUAUGAUACUGGCUGCACGGGAAAGAGGAGCAAGAGAAGCUGAAGUUGUUUCUGCAGAAAAUUUGGAAGAAUGGGUAAAGGAGAACAAAUUAGAAGGGAAAAUUGACAAAAUUUUUAGCAACGCUGCAUUGCAUUGGAUGAAGGACCACAAUAAAGUGUUUGCUGGAAUGGCGGCAGCGCUUAAACCCGGAGGAAGAAUAGUCGCUGAAUUUGGAGGAGCAGGAAAUAUUUCUGCUCUUGAACAAGCUUUAAUUGAAGCUUUAGAUAAACGUGGAUAUGACGGCAAGACUAUUUCACCAUGGAAUUUUGCCCAUCCAGAAACUCUAAAACCUUUACUCCUCGCCCAUGGUCUAAAUCCUCUGGAUUUAACACUCUUUCCUCGUCCGACAAUCCUACCAACGACUUUGCAUGGUUGGCUUGAUACAUUCGGGUUUACCUUUUGUAGCGUGUUGAGCGAGGAUGAGAAAGUCAAGUAUAAGGAUGAAGUUGUCGCCGUCUGUCGCGAAAAAGGCAUGUGGGACGAAGAUAAAAAGGCUUGGGUUUUAGCUUAUGUUAG